AAAGCGGGCAGCUUGGUAAAGCUUUGCUAGGUAGAGUACCGCCUUGCCACAAACCCAGGCCGCCAACAACUGCCAAGGGCCUAUAUAUAAACACGCAGACGGAGACACAACACAACCCAUCUUGUGCCCAUCAAGUCUCCAGCCAUCUCAUCUCUAGCUAGCUUUGCUCAAGUGGUGCUGUCAGUGCCAGCGACCAAUUCAUUCAGGAAGAGAACAAACUGGGUUCUUGACUCUGUUUCUUGUUGCUUUCCUCGAGAGGACGAAUUGGAUUGAGAGGAUGGGUGUGGGCGGCACUCUGGACUACUUGUCCGAGCUUCUCGGCGGUGGUGGCGGCCGGCGCCGGAGCUACAAGCAGAAGAGGAAGCAGUUCCAGACGGUGGAGCUCAAGGUCAGGAUGGACUGCGACGGCUGCGAGCUCAAAGUCAGGAACGCCCUCUCCAGCAUGAAAGGGGUGCAGUCGGUGGAGAUCAACCGGAAGCAGUACAAGGUGACGGUGCAGGGGUUCGUGGAGCCGCACAAGGUGGUGAAGCGGGUGCAGGCCACCGGGAAGAAGGCCGAGAUCUGGCCCUACAUCCCCUACAACCUCGUGGCGCACCCCUACGCCGCGCAGACCUACGACAAGAAGGCGCCCCCGGGCUACGUGCGCAAGGUGGACGCCGUCAUGCCCGUCGCCAGCUACGGCGCCGGCCCCGGAGCCGCGCAGGAGGAGCGCCUCACCACCAUGUUCAGCGACGACAACCCCAACGCCUGCUCCGUCAUGUGAGAACCUCCGUGAAGCAAGAGACGUCGAUCGAGCUCGAGGUCAUGUACUCAUGUGUUCUUGGUGGCGGUGACAUCGAACAGAGUGUAUGGCAUGCGUGUGUUGUUUAGAUUGUAAAUUAUAAGAAAGGAGAGAAAAGAGCGUAUAUAUGGGAUUAGUCUUUUCUUUUUCAGGUUUCUGACUCCUGCAUGUGUGCUCGAAUCUUA